AAAUCGAAAGUAGAUUUCCGUUUAUAAAGUGGUUUAUAAACUAAAGAAAAACAACGUGCUAAUUUAUGACACAGGUGCCAAUUUAUGACACAGGCGAUCUAAAAUUUGACAUUUCGAUAGUGAAGGUUCAAACGAGCUGACAGAAAUUUAUAUUUACACUAUUUUUGAUUUUGACAGAACCAAUUAUGGAGAGGUUAGGUGUGAUAGCCCAGCACUUAUAUAGUGGUAUAAUUAAGAGUGACAUUUGCAAACAGGAGGUUUCAGGUUCCUUGCCUAGAUUCACUUUCAGCCCAGAGGACGUUGUUGUUGUUGCAGCCCUCAGAACACCCAUUGGAAAGUCAAGAAAAGGAGUCUUCAAGGACACUCAUGGUGAUGAUUUGUUAUCUGCAGCCUUUACUGGAGUCUUGAAAAGCGUGAACUUUCCAGCCAAUGAGCUUGGUGAUAUAUGCAUUGGAAAUGUCAACGACUCAAAAGCCUCAGUCACCGCCAGAUUUGCCCAGUUUUACAGUGGGAUCCCAUACACAGUUCCUGUGUCCUCAGUUAACAGACAGUGUGGGUCAGGUCUUCAGGCCUUCAUGAACAUUGCUGGAGGAAUCAAGAAUAAAGCCUACCCAGUUGGUAUGGCUGGAGGUGUUGAAAUGAUGAGCAGAGACGAAAUGGGAAAAGGUUUUGGGGAUUUAAAUCCAAAGGUUAUGGACUUUGAAGACGCAAAAAACAGCCUCAUUCCUAUGGGUAUAACCUCAGAAAUUGUUGCAGAGAGAUAUGGUAUUUCACGGGAGACUCAAGAUGCAUUUGCUCUCCAGUCACACCAGAAGGCUGCCGCUGCUACAAAGAAUGGCCUCUUCAAGGAGGAGAUAAUUGCAGUCACAGCACAGGUGGAGGGAAGUAACGGAGACAAGACCACCAUUACGGUGACAGAGGAUGAGGGUAUCCGUGGGAACACAACUAUGGAAGUGUUGUCCAAGCUGAAACCUGCUUUCAAACAGGGGGGAUCCACAACCGCUGGCAAUUCUAGCCAGACCAGUGAUGGUGCAGCUGCCGUUCUGGUUGCAAGUCGGGCUGAGGCCCAUAAACGCGGGCUUCCAAUCCUCGGAACUCUGCGGGCGUUUGCAGUGACCGGUGUACCUCCUGAUGAGAUGGGGGUGGGCCCAGCAGCAGCCAUACCUGUGGCACUGAAAAUGGCAGGUCUCACGAUAGCGGAUGUUGACAUAUUUGAGAUCAAUGAAGCCUUUGCAAGUCAAGCUGUGUACUGCGUUCAGAAACUCGGGAUCCCUGCUGACAAAGUGAAUCCCAAGGGUGGGGCCAUAGCGUUUGGGCACCCUCUAGGGGCUACAGGGGCUCGAAUGAUAGCCACCUUGCUACACGAGUUGAAACGAAGAGGCAAGAGGUCUUUUGGGGUGGUGUCCAUGUGUAUGGGGACAGGAAUGGGGGCUGCAGCUGUUUUUGAACACAAUCCUUGACUGCCUUCUGCAAGGAGAAAAACAGGGACAUCAACACAUUUAAGACCCUGGGCUGUGUAUUAUCAAGAAACUUAUAAAUGUUCUAAAUAACUGAAUUUUUAGGUUACAGCGAUUUAUCAUUCAUGUUCCUCAAAUAAAGGACAUGCAAGAGAUUGAAAAUAAAAUGAAUAUAAUUCCUAAAAAUUUACUAUAAAUCAUUUAUGAUAAGCAAUUGUAUUUGUUAACUUUGAACAAUACCCACCGAGCACCUUAUUGUGUAACACAACAUUAAGUCCAUGCCUUAGAAGUCCUCAAAUCCUUAAAAAGCUGUUUCAUGGCUACUAUGGUGUACACGCUUAUAUAAUUGUUUAAUGACAUUUUAUAUUUCUUAUUUGCAAUAUUUUAAGUAUAAACAUUGCUUUUCACACUAAAAAAUGAAUAUAUGCCUUAUUUAUUACUUUUGUUAAAUUUUUUAAUUAAUUCUGUAGAUAGAGCCUCUGACUUUGAUAUAAACAAAAUUAGAGGAAAAAAUUAUCUUCCACAUCAUGAAAGCCAGGUGAAAUUAGCAAUGUCAUGAAUAGGACUGAUUCUAGUUUGAUUGGGGUUUAGAAAUAUUUAUCAUAGGACUGAAUAUUUUUAAAUUAACUUUAUAUGCCAUAUAUGAAUGCAAUGAAAGGUUGAUGAAUGAAAAUGAACAUUACAAAUAGUUUAUGUUUUGGCUCACAUUUUGCUCACAUAUUAUUGUCACAUUAUUAAUUGUGAUAUUGAUAUUUAAUUUGAUUUAAUCUAUACAUUGUACCAUGUGGAUGUAUGCAUGUUUAUUUAUAGAGAAAUAAACAAUUCUAUGCCA